GCGGAAACACCCGGUUACCCGCGCUCAACCACAGACACCGCUGUUGUCGUUGUGACAAGCCGCGGGCAGGUUGGGGAGGUACUUCUCUCACGCUCUUACACCACCGGACGGGUUAUAGACAAAUGUAUUCUCACAAGAUACCUACCAGGAAACACUCGAUGGGACUACGAGGUAUUCGCUUGUCCCGGCUCGGGAGAGGAUUAAAUCUGGUGAUAACGAUUCUUCUGUUGUUGGCAUUCCUCCUGACAUUAUGGAACUCCAGGCCGUGUCCAGCGUUGGUAACACAAGCAGCCAUAGCUCGGCAGUCUCCGGGAGUUAAAGUCGUUGUCAAUAUGAAUGGGUUGCCAGUAUCGCCGGAUCAAGUAAGAAGCAGCCAUUACACAGAGGAGGAUGACAUGUCAGAGUCGGAUAUUAUGUCAAACAAACCAUCACCUGUGAACCUUGAAGAAUACAGGAAGUUGCUGAAAUGGAAGAUUUCAGAUCUUAAACGGAAUGGCGUCCUAAGACAUUUUCCACCGAGAAACGCUUGCAGGGCAGACGAACCAGAUAAAGUUUGUAUUGAUAAGAAUUGUGGAGCCAAACUUCCGGAUACGCAUAGCGACGAGAAUCUCAGGAGUGUCCUGAAACCACUUACCCGACUGAAGGAGAGGGCCAUUUCUAAAACCGUAAAGCUUCUCGGAGACCUCCCUACUGGACACAAUGUCACAUUCAUCACAGCUGGUUCUUCUGACCAUUUCCUGGAAUCCCAGGCUCUCAUUAAGAACCUCCACCUGACCGUGUUCCCGAGACUACACAACUACACCUUCAUCUACUACGACAUCGGACUUGAAGAGGACGAGAGGGAGCAGUUACAGAGACUGUGCAUGUGUGAGGUGAGAAAAUACCCGUUUGAGAAACUACCCACUCGACUACGCUUCAUCCGGGGAUUCACCUGGAAACCUAUCAUCAUCAAUGCGCACCUGCCCACGACGGACUACAUCGUCUGGGUGGACUCCUCGGUGAGGUUCCGGACCGGUCAACUCACCCCCAUGUUUGAGGAUGCCCGAGCCAGAGGCCUCGCCUUCUCCCCCGUCGGCAAGUACGCCCUGGCGGAACACACUUCCAAGGACAUGUUCCAGUACUUCAGCGACUCCGCUUGCCACUUCUCACAGUAUAACGAAGCCGAAGCCGGCUUCCAGAUUCUCCACAACGACCCCUUUAUAAGGAAUUUCUUGGUGAAGGUGUGGACGGCGUGUGCCCUUGACCCCCUGUGCAUGGCCACUGACCAGUCGGAACCGCAGUUCCACUGUAACAACAAGAUACGGCAAUACAGCAAGUGCCACCGGUUUGACCAGUCAGCGUACUCGCUCAUCCUGGCCAAGUUGUUCCGGCAGAACAUCAUGAGUUUCUACAUACCAAAAGGGAAAUAUCAUAUCCUGCGGAGACAUCAAACUGACAACUACUUUGACAAACUUGAGUCUGAAGUGGUCGGCAAAUUGCAGCUCCAUUGAUAUAUUCCAUGUUCGUAGUAUUUUAUUGGAGGAUUGUGGAUGGUAUGUUGUAUUUGUGUUCUUUGACACCUCAAUGUCACCCACAUUCCUGCUAUAUUGUUGUGCACAUCGUUGCAAUAUUUGCAAUAUUUGCAAUAUUUGUUUAUUUGUUUAUUUGCAAGGGGUACAUGUAGGCCAUCGGCCCAUGGUACAUAGAACAUCUGCACGACAGAGUUUCAGCAUUUAGUCACACAUAUUAUAGUGGGUGCAAUACGUUUCAUAUUGUUAACAUUAGUAUACAUAAUCAUUGGUGCACAUAUCGCACUAUGACAUUCGGAGAUUUGAAAGAUUUGGAAUUCAAGACCUGUGGUUGUGAAGCGUUCAUUGCUGGCCAUAUUCCCCCUUGAGGAUUCCGAGUCGGAACAGUUCCCACUUCAAUGGUGAUCGGUUGGCCAGUCUCUGUGACAGUUAUCAUGGAACAUUGCUCAACGAAUAUACAACUGGUCCGCCUGACUUCCAAAUGGUUUUAUGGUGGAUACGUGGAGGACAGUUUUAAAUGUGUACCAUCAGUGACGAGAAUGAUAUCGGGCGCAAUUCCUUAGAGUGACUGUUAUGGUGAUUACCGUUUUUCAGGUCAAGGUUGACUUGCCUUUGCAUGUGUGUGUGAUGGGUGGCAACGAGCGGGAAGGAUACUCCCACACUUUUUCCAACACCUUGGAUGUUCAGCAGCUCUAACGUGGCACCUGUGAUAUAGCGAACAACGUAAUAAAACCGCUUUCAACUGUGCCAUAAAUAAUAUUUACUCGUUCAUGUUGGUAUUUUCUUGAUAUAUGUUAUGACUGUUAAUCAAAUUUACCUCUGAGGAAAAGUAUAUUAUAUUAUCUUGUUAUCAAUGCCUGAACAGAAGGAAACUGUGGUUCUUGAUUGGUAUGUAACGGAAUGUACACCAAUCGCUAUACAGGGUGCACUUGGUUUUAAGAAUCUCGUGCUUUUCACGUUCUGUGUCUGUCGACAGCUUAGCAUCGUCACUUGAAAUAUACUCAGUAAGUGAGUGAGUGAGUGAAUUUAGUUUUACGCCGCACUCAGCAAUAAUAACUGAGGGACAAAGAUGUCCAUAGUACUCCAGUCACGUGUUAUUAGUAUCCAGAUAUAACUUUCAUGAUCGGGAAGAUAGACAUUUGGUUAACAUUCACACUUACGGUGAAAGUGAAGUAUUGGGGAGUGUUUUCAUUGGUUUUAGACUAUUUUUGUUUCUUUUAUGCCAUAUUAAAUGUCAAGUAUUA